AUGAUAACGUCAACCAUCACUACGGUGAAAAAUACAGCGCAAUAUCCAAACAACCGACUCAGCGGUAGCAGUCGGACGCACCUCGAAAAGUUGGUCCCUGCAGGUUUUCGAUCAGCCAUGGAUAUGGAUAUGGACAUCUCUCUCUUCUGUCGCGUGUCCACCAUGGCCGCCCUCUCCACUAGCAAGAUGCUACCGUUCGACAGUGUGAUGAACAUCGAGACUAUGAACAGCAGCAUCUUCCCCGAGGUUGAUCCUAUUAACGUACCACGGACCAUUCGACUACGCUCGGAGCAAGAUUGCAGUGAGGCCUUUCACUUGUUGCUGGCCAUUUUGCGCCAGCCAGAACUGAGCAUUUACAUCCGUCAUAUCGAAAUCCUCCGGGAUACUUCCUUCCAUGGCCAUUUCAAGCCUACUCCGGCUCAGCGCUUCAUUUCCGAGCAGGACGAAAUGCUAUUGCGACAAGCUAUCCGAAACUGUGGAUGGUACAAUAUAGACGAAGAGAUGGUGUUAAACAUGCUUUUGCAAAAACAUUUUGAUCCGGAUUUCUCCCACGGCUUUCAAUCAGUUAGAGGCGGCAGACAUGCGCGAGGUUCGCAUAUGGUUCAAGCACUCGCAGUGCUUCUUAUGUCUGUUUCACACAACUUGGAGUCGAUCAAGCUCCGACCAAUUGGGAGAUAUAUGAAAGAAGGAUAUUCUCAUCUGCCAUUAGAACAAUUUUUAGUACGAGCAAGCAACACAUCUCACAACAAGGGCCCUUCUUUGAAAAACCUCCGACGCGUCGACCUACUCCAUACGGAUGAUGCCCUUGCGCGUGACCCUAUUCUUUUCAACCCUUACGACCUCUUCUACCACAUGUCUCUUUUCGACCAAUUGCCCUCUAUUGAACAAAUCUGUGUGGGUGGAAUGGAAAUCGACGAAGACGGGCAAGAAGAUUUACCACCACUGUCCUCGAAUAUACAGCGAAUCGACCUCUUACACUCAGUGUUGCCAACUAUGUUUUUAUGCUCCGUGAUAGCGUCUUCGAAAAGGCUGCAACAUUUCUCCCAUUCCGUCGGCGGGCGCGCUACUAUUGAUGAAGGAAACUGGCACAUGGGAUUUCCAGCUAUCCUAAGAGCUCUUCUAGUUCAUCGAGAAUCGCUGGAGUUCCUUGAUUUGGACACCGACUCUGAUUACUCCAACAUUCUUGAUAGUGAAGAAUUUGAAGAGUACCUUCCUUCCGAUCCUGAAGACAGUGACUACCCUGACUCAGAUAUCGAUAUCGAUGAAGAGGAUGAAACAGAGGAAGAUGAAGAUCGCCGAACCUUUAUGAACCAAAAGUCCGUUGUCGAGUUAAUUUUUCAGCAAAAUGGCACUCUCAAAAGUUUCACCGCUCUACGCCGGCUGAGCAUAGGUGUCAAAUGCCUUUUUGGCAUGGCACUUGGCAUCUCUACCGAACAUUCCGCCAACACCAAGCUCACCGACCUACUACCCCCUCACCUAGAACGUCUCUCCAUUCGGGGUUAUAUCGCGGGGGACAACCAAUUUUACGACACGCAUAUUCAGGAUCUUUUUCAAAAAUUUGUUGCUGGACAACUCCCCGGUUUGACUGAAGUCAUCGGAGUACAAGAGUUUAUUCCGAAUUCGGAAACAGUGCAUAUGGACGAUGUGGACAAACAUCCGGAGUUGAUUUGGAUAGAUGAGCGAGAUGCGAUUAUUUGA